ACUGCGCUCAUCUGGCUGCGUUCUGCUGCUGCUGCACAACCACCGGGUCUAGAACGGAGGACACACCGAACACUGAGGCCAGCGAGGCACGGGAGCGGAUCUGCACCUGAACGACACGGACAGUGGAUUUACGGAGAGCCUAAAGAAGGAAAAGUUGAAGGCGUCAGUGCUGCGACAGGAGCCGCUCCACACCGCUGUCCACUUAACGCAAAGUUCAGAGGCCUGCAGAAGGUAGUGGUACCAGUGGAGAGAGAUGAUGUCCAUGCAAAUGAGUGAGGCGGACAGUGUAGUGAAAGUUGCAGAGUGGCAGCAGACCUACUAUGCCUCCGACUCUGGCAUCCAAUCAGGAGCCACUACAGUUCAGGAUGACGAGAGCAGCACCGAGUACAGUGGAAGUAAGAAGUACACUGACUGUACUGCAACCGGUACUAUGACUGGUCCGACUACUGCCACCGCUGGGGGAGGAGGAGACACGGCAGCUGGGGGAAUAGACAGCCCCACAGAUUUAGAUGCUCAAUACUCUCUAACACGGGCUCAGCGUGUUCGGGCUGCCAUGUUCCCAGAGACCCUGGUUGAGGGCGAGGCGGCCAUGCCCGUGCAGUCAGAUCCAUCACAGCAGAGCAAUGUUCAGCGACUGGCUGAACCCUCCCAACUGCUGAAGACGGCCAUUGUCCAUCUGAUAAACUACCAGGAUGAUGCUGAACUUGCCACUAGGGCGGUGCCAGAGCUCACCAAACUGCUGGCAGAUGAUGAUCCUGUUGUGGUGAACAAGGCAGCCAUGAUCGUCAACCAGCUGACCCGAAAGGAAGCCAGUCGCCGUGUGCUGGUGCAGAAUCCGGCUAUGGUGGGGGCGGUAGUGCGUGCCAUGACUACAGCGGUUGACAUGGAGACGGCCCGUUGUGCUUCUAGUGUGCUCCACAGUCUGUCACACCAGAGGGAAGGCUUACUGGCCAUAUUCAAGUCUGGAGGGAUUCCAGCGCUGGUCCGCAUGCUCAGUUCACCGGUGGAGUCAGUCUUAUUUUAUGCCAUCACUACCAUCCACAACCUCCUUCUUCACCAAGAGGGGGCCAAGAUGGCGGUGCGUCUUGCUGAUGGCCUGCAGAGGAUGGUUCCACUGCUAAAAAAGAGCAACCCAAAGUUCCUGGCCAUCACCACUGACUGUCUGCAGCUUCUAUCUUAUGGCAACCAGGAGAGCAAGCUCAUCAUCCUGGCCAAUGGAGGCCCAGAAGGUCUGGUGUUCAUCAUGAGGAACUACAACUAUGAGAAGCUACUGUGGACCACCAGCCGUGUCCUCAAAGUCCUCUCAGUCUGUCCUAGCAACAAGCCAGCCAUAGUGGAAGCUGGUGGUAUGCAGGCUUUGGGCCAGCACCUUACAGGCUCCAGUCAGCGUCUGAUCCAGAACUGUCUGUGGACACUCCGGAACCUGUCAGACGCUGCAACCAAACAGGAGGGGUUAGAUGGUCUUCUGCAGAUUCUAGUCACACAGCUGGGCUCAGAUGAUGUGAACAUGCUGACCUGUGCCACAGGGAUCCUGUCCAAUCUCACAUGUAAUAAUUCACGCAACAAGACUCUGGUGACUCAAUAUGGCGGUGUAGAGGCAUUGAUCCAUGCUGUGCUGCGUGCGGGGGAGAAGGAAGACGUGGCAGAGCCAGCGGUCUGCGCCCUGCGUCACCUGACCUCCAGGCACCAGGACGCUGAGCUGGCCCAGAAUGCUGUACGGCUGCACUAUGGCAUUCCAGCUGUUGUCAAGCUGCUGGGGCAGCCGCACUACUGGCCUGUGGUAAAGGCCACAGUGGGUCUUAUCCGGAACCUGGCUCUGUGCCCGGCCAAUCAGGCUCCGCUGAGGGAGGCAGGUGCUAUACCACGAUUGGUCAACCUGCUGCUGAAGGCUCAUCAAGACACACAGAGACACGCCUCCUCCGCUCAGCAGACAUACCAGGAUGGAGUUCGUAUGGAGGAGAUAGUAGAAGGCUGCACAGGAGCUCUUCACAUACUGGCCAGAGACCCUAUCAACAGAGGAGAAAUUGCCAGUAUGCAGACCAUACCCCUGUUUGUACAGCUCUUGUACUCGUAUGUGGAGAAUGUAAAGCGAGUAUCAGCUGGCGUCCUGUGCGAGCUGGCCCUCGACAAGCAGUCUGCAGAGCUCAUCGAUGCAGAGGGAGCCUCAGCGCCGCUCAUGGAGCUGCUGCACUCCAACAAUGAGGGAAUCGCCACCUAUGCUGCAGCGGUUCUGUUUCGAAUUUCAGAGGACAAGAGUUCAGACUACAGGAAGAGAGUGUCGGUGGAGCUCACUCACUCGCUUUUCAAACACGAUCCUGCUGCCUGGGAAAUGGCCCAUGCUGCAGUUCCUCUUGAACCUACAUACUUGGCUGACGAUUUAGAUGGUGCGUACCCUCCCUUUGGCUAUGCUGAACUGCCCCUGGAUACCCUGCCUCUAGACCCUGACCUCCACGAGCCCUACAUCCCUGACAUGACCUACGACCCCAGACAGGCCUACCCUGAACCACUCUAACAGGAGCGUCCGGAAAUGCUGAAAAGAGAAAAAAAAUAAACAAAUGACUGGAAGACCAGUGGAAUGGACGGAGAAAGAAGGAUGUGUAAUCAUGAAAAGGAUCAGCCGUUCUAAAUGAAUGGAAAAAAUUCCAUUUUGGCAAUCAAGAACUAUUCAAGUGAUUGCUUAUUAAAAAGACAUUUAUUGUUGCUGUAAAUGAAAAAAAAAGUCACUUUGUUAUAAUGUUUUACUGUGGGUUGGAAGUUGGUAGGGGUUGGGUUUGGGGAAGGGGGUGGUUGGGUUCGAGGCGUUGUUACACGGGUAACUUUUUGAAGCAAUCAUAUUAGGCAAGAAUGCCUUAAAAUUUGAGCUUGGGACAUGAAGGAUGCACAACACAGCCUCUAUUUCCAACCAUCGUUUAGCCUGUCACUAAAUUACAAUUUGCUCAAAUUCUCUGAUGUCAGACAGAUGUGUGACAUCCAUGGUAGACUGUUUAUGAUGAUUUUUAUUCUGAUUAAGAAUGUGUUUGUUUUUUUUUCCAACCUCUGUAUUUGUCAUAGAAAAUGUCCCCAAUCAUUAGUAAGAUAUUCCAGUAAAUAGACUGAUGCAGAAAUGAGUCUGAAAACAUCAAUGUGAGUUAAUAUCUACAACUCCCAACACUUUCAUUUCAAAGUAAAUGGACUCUUUGAGUUUGUGUUAGUAAAAUAUCCAAAAUAAGGUCUGUGGUCACGUUCUGUUCUAUAGUAUAUACUAUAGAACAGAAUGAGGGAUAUUUACUUCUAUAGUACAUACCAUAGUAGUAAAUAUCCCUCCUUUUUUAAAUUUUGCUAACCAGUGGUUGAAUGGGAUGGUAGUCACCAGUGUCAUUGUACUGAUGUAUGGAUUGUAUCCAAUGAGUGGACAAAGCCUCUUUGACUGUCAGACAGAGGCCAAGUUUGGCCUUUGGUCAUUCCAUAUUUGUGUUUUUUGUUUUUUUUUCUGAAGCCAGAUUGACAACAUUAAGACAAGAGCAAAAAGUUUAACAGGCCACACCAACCAAUAUUGAUUACCACGUAGUAAUUUCAGGUACUUGAUUACAGUUAACAUACAUUUGUGUUUUAUGUCAUUUUAAUGCAAAGACAUGUUAAUUAAUGGUGUUUGACAGACAUUAGCUAAUGGAGGUAGAUUGUGUAAACAGGCCUGUACCCUGAUGACAGACUCCAAUGACUGCAUUUUACAACAAUAACUCACUACAGUAGAGCUGCCUGUGCAGAAAGAAGUGUUUAAUCCAACAGGCAGAAACUCCUAUUAGAUCACAUGACCAUCUUUCAUGGUCCAAUCACGAUCCAUGAUGUGAAUCUCUAUUUUCUUGGGAAUGGGCCAAUGUUAAUUUCAGGUCAGCCUACAAAAACGGACUCUCCUGCAGCACUCUACGAAGGUUUAAUUUAACUCCCAUAUUACCCAGGUUCAAAACUAAUAUCCAAGAGGCUCCUGAUGAAAAUAGUUCACUAAUCUGCUCACAAAAGCCCAAAAAGCAUCACUGUGCUGAAGUAAGAAGUCUUCAAUCUUUCCGUUGUUGGCAUUAACAGCCAAACUCCAUUGCUACCAAAUGCUACCCGUGUAUCUCAGCCUUUCGCUGAUGUCUUCUAGAUGUCUCCUCUGUGUAUUUGACCAGUGCACACGUCCCAGGGUGUCCAUGUGUGGUCGUUGCAUGGUAGUAUAUCGUGUACUUCAUUGAAAUAUUCUUCACCUUUACAUACUGAUAAGACAGUACGUGCAGAUUUUUCAAGCCAUUUUGGAUUAUGGAUUAUUCCAAAACUUGUGCAGAACUGGACUAAACAUCCUCAUCAGCCUCACGUUAACCAGAAGGAUAUUCGGCUUCAGUGUCCACAGGAAAUGAAUGACCAACUCUUUCACAACAAAUCCCAUCAUGCUCCAGUCAAGAUCUACAUGUGUCAAAUGGAAAUGGACCAGAGCUCUGUAAUCACCGUGGACACAUGUACAUGGAUGACAUGGAAUACUGCAGUAACAUACACAGCAGUACUUACAUUGUGCUUAGACAUAAAUACGACUUCCUUUUGUACUUGGAGUAUUUCAAAUGUGAGUGUUGAUGGUACCUGUACGUCUCUGUUAACAGAGGGGAGAUCAGCUGCAGCUCCUUCCAGCAUGUAUUUAAGAUUCAGUGUGUAAGUGGUGGGCGGCACCUUUUCCACCCCAAACAUCCCAUCAUCAUACAGUUCACACAGUCUGCAGGUGUAUUAAGUACAGCUGCAGUCGCUAUGUGGACUUCAUGGACAAUUAGGGCAAAAUCUGCUCUAUACAUUGUGAGCCAUUGUGCUUGUAUUCCGAGGCUGCUGCUUUUGGCUGUAGUGUUUAGUCCAGAACAGCGACUACAGCCUGCACUGUUGAGAAAGCACAAACUAUAAUGACUUAUCAAUUGCAGAGGCAAUCUACCACAGCUAUGCUGUUCCCGAGUUUCAUUAAAUUCUAUUAUUUUCACUG